CACAAUCAGUCGGUCAAUUGGACACGGACGACGCGGAAGAGCGAACAGCGUAACAUAAGCGCGCGUUUAAUAAGAAAACAUUUCUUCUUACUUACUUUCGUAGAAGCGCGCACGUAAUAAUUACAAGUUGUUGUUUUUGUUGUGUUACUUUAUUUGUUUUGUUAAGUCAUUUGUAAACACUGCGUCAGCAUGUUGGAGAGCAGAGAAAACCAAAAUAUUGUGAUUAAAAGUGUUGACGGCGACGCCGCGUUGCUGGAACAACAAAGUGAAACACUUUCACCGCAAGUUUUGAACGCUUACCGUGAGUUGGCCAAACGCUAUGCCAUCGCCGAUUUCGAGUUGGCUGUACAACCCAUAGGUGGACCAGGUGAAAACUCGUUUGGCUCCGUGCUGAAAGUGUGCAUAACGCCUACAGGCGCGCCAGCUCAGCCCGCGCUGCACACGAUACUGAAGCUCGCGCCUACGAGCCCAGCGCGUCGCACACAUAUGCGCGUCAAGGAUGUCUACACGCGUGAAGUGUUCAUGUACGCGCAAGUGUUUAGCGAAUUUGCCGCGCUGAGCGCGUCACAAGCUAACGCGGUGGAGCGCGCACAAUUCAACGCCGCGCCGCAGAUGUUGUACGCAUCGCUGAAGGACGACGCUGAGUUCAUAAUUUUUGAGGACUUAACCGCCGCGGAUUUUGAAAACAACUUACGCAGCAAUCUACCCACUUAUGAUUUGGUGGUGUGCGCAUUUCGUGCGCUCGCGCAAUUGCACGCAAUGUCAUUUGUUUUGCAAGCGCGUCAGCCGCAGCGCUUUGCCGCGUUGGUCGCGCAAAUGGAUGAUAAUCUCUUCACGGCCGAUAUGGAGGAGGUGUCAGUGGAGUUUGGCAAGAAGCAUGUGCGCCGCACGCGUCACUUGCUGGAGGCGGACUUGCAGUUGAGCGGUGAGCAUACGCCAGAGAUGCGCGAGGUGCUGCGUGCGCUGCAAAAAAUUGAGGAUAAUUUUCUUAAGAUUUGUUUGAAGGCGGUUAAUGGCGCAGCGUAUGCGCCCUACUCGGUUAUAUGUCACGGUGAUUUCUGGAACAACAACAUACUCUAUAAAUUCGAUUCCAGCAACAAAGAACGCCACACCGCCGUCAAGGCCAAACUGAUUGACUUUCAAAUUUCACGCUACGCACCGCCAAUCUUGGAUUUGGUGCACUAUCUGUACGCCUGCACCGAGAAACCGCUACGAGAUGCGCAUUUCAAUGAAUUCAUGCAAAUCUAUUACGACACAUUGGCACAGUGCAUACGCGACUACGAGUUGGACCCCGCUGUGCUAUAUCCCGAAGCCAUAUUCCGCGAGCAAUUGCGACAAUUUGGCGUUUAUGGUUAUUGCAUGUCGGCAUUUGCGCUGCCAUUUUUCGUAUCGAAUGCGAAUGAAAUACCCGAUUUGGAUAAAGUCUCCGAGGCCAUACAAGAGCUGUCCUCGUCAUCAUCAUCGGCCUCAGAUUGUUCGGAUACAGAUGAUGUUAACGACGAAGUGGGAGGAAAAGAACGAGAACAAAAGCGGCUAAAUAAUAAUAACAACAACAACAAUAAUAAUAAUAAUAAUAAAACAGCGUCAACAAAAAGUCAAAGCGCCGCUGAGUUAGUAGACGAAUUGGAUAUUUUGACCGAGCGCACUUUACCCAUAUUCAAAAGGCGUAUGAUUGGCAAUAUUUUGGAUUUACAGCAGUACAAUAUGCUUGAAAACGUUUUGAAGUAUUAGUGAGUAAUUGUGAGUGCCAAAGAGCGAGUAGUUAGUGUGAUAGAGAGAGAACUAAAUAGGUCAAAGCGAGAAUUCAAUGUGGCAGAGAGAGAAGUUAAUGGGUCAGAGAGAGAAAGAGAGAGA